AUGAACCAGGGACAUGCAGAGAGCGCUCAUCAGAAUCAGACAGAGUCCCUCACAUCAGCCCGGCCUGCACCUCCUCCUCUCCCUUCUGCAAGUAGCGGCCCUCAGCCUUCAACAUCCAGCCACCCUCCCAUCCCAGGCAACUCUGCUGAUGGAGCCGCUGAUCAGGAGCCUAAUAUGCCCCCCAGGCAACAUGAGCUUGCACAGUCCAAUGCCGAGCUUCCUGCAAAUAACAACCUAGAGGUUAUUCUCCAGGUUGUCAGGAAUCCUUUUGGAGGCGUGAAACGCAAGUUAGAGAAAACCGCCAUGCCAAAAGCCUUAGACUUUGAUGACCAGAGUAAAGUUUUUUUCCCUCAUUUGUUCUCCUCCGAGAACAAUUUGAAUUAUGUCGGGUCAUUUCUUCUGCCCAGUUGUUACGCGGCAGAGCUCAUGGAUCCUGCUGAGCGCCAGCGGUUUGACACGUGGUACAGCGAGGCAAGCAAGGGAUCAUUUGACUUCCAGAAAAAAGCUCAUUAUUGUAAGAAUGAUGUUGAGAUUCUUUACAAGGGCUGUAUGAAGUUUAGAGAGGAGUUUUUUAAGGAGACAAACGUGAAUCCUUUUAAAUGCAUAACAAUCGCUUCUUCCUGCAUGAAGGUUUUCACCUCCAAUUUUCUUCCCGCAGAGAGCUUAGCCAUUCCUUCUCCAGUGGAUUGCAGGCGUCAGUGCAAAACAUUUUCCAGCACCUCCAUUCAAUGGUUGGAGUGGAAAACGGGGGAGCAGAAAAUAGGUCCCUAUUUUGUGGAUGGGUAUGCAGAGGUGAAUGGCAUCAAAACUGCUUUUGAGGUUUAUGGCUGUCUUUACCACGGGUGCCCCCGCUGCUUCAUGCCUAAUCACUUUGAAGCGCUGCACACAGCACACUUGAAAGAGAGAAGGCGGGGCACUUCCCCUACCCCCUCGGGCAUCCCAAGAUCAUCUACAAAGAUUUUGAUGAACCCCACAAUUAUUACGGUUUCAUCAGAGCCACUGUAUAUCCCCCACGGGCUCUGUAUUUUUUCCCCCAUUCUGCCUCACAAGACAUCUGCGGGCAAACUGGCUUUCACUCUGUGCUGCGCAUGCGCUGAAAUCGGCAACCAGAAAGGUUCCUGUUCACACUCCGACAUCACUGAAGGUAAGCAGGAGGCUUCAAGCUACCCGGCUGAUGCGACGGAUGAGGAGAGCAGGCUAAAAUAUAUAGAAGACUACAGGGUUAAUCAGGGGGUCCGGCUGAAUCCGGACAAGAUCGAGGUGAACCCCGCUAAAAGACAAGUGGCUAAACUGUGCACUUUGAACAGCUUUUGGGGGAAACUUGCACAGAGAAAUGACCUGGCUCAAACCACCAUCGUGAGCAAACCCGAUGAAUUUUUCAACUUUAUGUUCUCCGGUAAAUACACAAUCACCCACUUUCAGUGGAAAUUCAACAGGGGCUGCAUCUCUCCGCCCAACAAGAGCUGUCUCGAGCGAGUGCAAGAUAAGGUCCUGUACAUAGAUACAGACAGUCUUAUCUACCUGGUUAAAGGGGGGAACCAUCUGGGGGACUUGACGGACAAGCUGGGAGGGGACACGAUUAAGGAGUUUGUGGCAUUAGGACCCAAAAGUUACGCCUACCAGACCAGAGACCGGAAGAAGGUAGUGAUGCGCGUUAAAGGCAUUACUCAAACUCACAAGUCUAGCGAAAGGGUGAACUUUGACACCGUUAAAGACCUGGUAGAAGGUUUUCUUGAGACCUGGCUGCAUAACGGAGUUCACGACACCGCUGUGGAGUUACCUGGUUUCCAGUUGAUUAGAGCUGACCGCGACAUGGAGGCCAGCUAG